AUGUUCUCCCCCCUUCACAGUAUUAAAGCACUCCGGGAUAUCGAUACCCAGGAAGCUCCAGAUGAUUUCUUAAACGUUAUAAAUCGGUGGACCCUCGAGUCAGUCUCUGUGGUGGCUCUGGACAAGCAGUUGGCACUGCUCAAAGAGUCGGGCGAUAACGACCAGGCUGUGUUACUUUUCAAGUACCUGGACGAUUUUUUUGAAUUAACAGCCGAUCUGGAGAUGAAGCCCUCCAUCUGGCGUUACGUUAAAACACCCAAGCUAAUGAAGCUAAUGAAGUCCCUAGAUGGCGUUCAAGAAAUAACUUCAGCGUAUGUAGACGAAGCUAUAGAGCGUCUAGAGAAAGAGGCCAAGGAGGGUGUUGUCCGCCCUGAGAGCGAGCAGAGUGUACUGGAAAAGCUGCUCAAGAUCGACAAAAAGGUGGCGACGGUUAUGGCCAUGGACAUGCUAAUGGCCGGAGUGGAUACCACCUCAAGUACCUUUACAGCGGCCUUGCUGUGCCUUGCCAAGAAUCCGGAGAAGCAGGCCGUACUCCGAGAAGAGGUGAUAAAGGUUCUACCCGAGAAGGACUCCGAAUUCACUGAGGCAUCGAUGAAGAACGUUCCCUAUCUACGUGCCUGCAUCAAAGAGUCACAACGGAUCUAUCCUUUGGUCAUCGGCAAUGGCCGAUUUCUCAAUUGGGACAGCGUUUUGAGCAGAUACCAAGUGCCAGCUGGUACCUGUGUGUCGAUGGUUCCCCUGAGCUUGCUAUCAAGCGAGGAGCACUUCCCCAAGGCUGCUGAGUUCCUGCCAGAACGUUGGAUUCGUAACGCCACAGACUCCAACGGGCAAUGCCCGGCAAAUGACUUGAAGCUGAAGAAUCCGUUUGUGUUCUUGCCCUUCGGAUUUGGACCCCGGAUGUGCGUUGGAAAGCGCAUCGUGGACAUGGAGCUCGAGCUGGGCCUCGCUCGACUCAUUCGGAACUUUAGCAUCGAUUUCAAUCAUCCCACGGAGAACGCUUUCCGCUCCUCCCUGAUCAAUUUGCCCAACAGUAAACACAUUUCUCAUCCUAAAUUAUCUUUACAACUGGAAAACCUUGAAGGAACUUAUUUGCAACCGAUGCAGAGGAUCGCCUACUGA